AUGCAAAGAUAUAUAGUAGCUAGCCCUGCAUUGAAUUGGUAUAAUACCCGUAUUAAGGGUAAAAAUUGGAGAUGUAAUAAUCUCUCAGAUAACUUAAGUAUAGCUACUUUAACUGCUGUUCGAGCAAUUGGUGCUAGAAAUGGUGGUAAUCAGAUUGGUGGUUUGAAUACUGCAGGAGAAUUUCAUAACAAAGCUGGAGCAGAAAUUGGUAGAAUUGGAGCAGGUAUCACAACUAGUGCUGAUAUUAUUCCGAAUAGAACAUGGGAUGAAGACUGGUCUAUAGCUGGUAGUGAACCUACAGAUAAUGCACUAGUCGCACCAAAUGCUGGUGAAGGUUUUCCUGCUAUUACAAUUGCUCCUGGUAUUAAGCUUGGGCAACUCUUUUAUCUAUUUAGUACUUCCUAUACGACGGUUGAACGCUUAAAACAAAUGGCAGUUUUUGGUCAACUCAUGCAAAGAGAUAUGGCUGAAGCAGAAAAUUUUACACUUUCUCAAAGAAAUGCACCAUCUUCUCUUCCUGCUUUUCUGGUAGCCAACCCCUACAUAGACACUAACAAAUCGGAAAUGACUAAAACUGAAAUCGUAGAUUUGAUAAAAACCACAAUGGCAUCUUCAGAGUCUCAAACGGCUCAACAAAAUGCUGAUUUGCAGUCUACUAUUAAAUCCUUGCAAAAGACUAUGUCUCGAGUGACUAAAACUCUAGAUAAUAGUAAAAAAUCAUCUAAGAAGAGAGCAGAAGAUACUGCUAUUAAUCGCUUUUUAAGUGACUUACUAAGAAAAAAUCUAGUUAAACACCCUGCUGAUGAAUAUGAUCAUGAUUCUAUAGAAGAUAUUUCAGAUAGUUUAACAGGAUUAACAUUAAAUAGUGUCAUAAAAACUGCU